UGGUGAUGUCGGCGUGGGGGGGGGGGGCUCGCCGCCAACGGCCUCAACAACCCACCUCCCUUCCUUACACUUCGGGACCGGCGGGUUUCCGCGUCUUAGCGGGAGCGCUCUCGCUUGCUGGGGAGGGAGGUGUGUGGGGGAGAAAAUCCCCGUUGACCCGCGCGGACGAGGAGUCAACCCGGUGGCUGCACAAUGAGUCCCUGGCGGAGGGCGGGGCUUCACUCCGCGCCUGGCGCGCGCGCUCUCCUGGCCGCGUACGUCUGCCUCCGCCGCGCUCACGCUCACCGCGUGAUCACAGAAAGGGACCCCCCCCUUCUCGACCAAUCGAAGGAAGGGAGGCUAAGGGAUUGGUGCGCCCGGCCAAGGUUUGCGUCUCCGGUCACAAGGCCACUGGUGCCAACAGCAGCCCAGUCCUGGCGCUGGGCUUGUUGCCACCUGGCCCCACCCGGGCAAGCAUGAACGGGAGUGCAGUACCCCUGUCACCAGCAGGUGGAGGCGUCGCGACGGAGCCCAUCUCUCUCCCCUCUCCUGGCUGGCGGGAAUUCUGUGAGGCACAUGCUCGUGCGGCUGCAGUGGACUUUGCCCGCCGUUUCCGGGCCUUCCUGGGCGAGAACCCCCAGUUUGCCACACCUGGGGCCGAAGCCGCCUUUUCGCGCCGCUUUGCCGAGCACUUCCUGGAGCAUUUUGAGGCAGAGGUGAGCCGCGCCUACGCCAGUGACUCCCCCCCUCGGUGUGACAUUGCUCCUUUCACUGGCUGCUCCUCAGCCCGUGAUCUUUCGGAGACCUGCAGUGACUCAUCAGUUGCCUCCCCUGUGGAGCCUCCCCUUGGGCCCCCCUCCGGCCUCUCCAGCAGCCAGUCCCGCAGCUCUGAAGAUGUUUCCGCUGUGGCUGCCAUUGCAGCCACCAAACCAAAGCUGAAGAAGCGCUUUUCCUUACGCAAUGUUAGCCGCAGUGUCCGAGGCAGCGUGCGUGGCAUCCUGCAGUGGAAGACCUCGGCCGAAUCAUCCCCUGUCGGUGGUGAAGAGGCAGCUACCGGGACUAACAGCAAUUCCAACUCCUCAGGGGGCGGCGACUCGGAGCGAUGGACUCACCGAUUUGAGCGCCUGCGGCUGAAUAAAGCCUCCCCAGCCGCCCCACGGGUUGAACUUGCUAGCGUGCGGCGUGAAGGCCUGCUCAACUACAUUGUGGCUGACGACGGUUCAGGCGGGGGAACCAGGACACGCUGGCAGAAAUGCCGUCUCCUCCUGCGCAAGGCAGGAAAAGGGGAGGGUGAGGGUUACCUGCUGGAGUUCUACAUCCCACCAAAGGCAUCAAAACCACGGGUCAGCAUUGCCUGCUCCUGCGUAGUGGAUGUGCGGACGACAACGCCCCUGGAAAUGCCUGACAAGGAGAACACCUUUGUGCUCAAGCUGUCAAGUUCCUUGGAGUAUAUCCUUGAGACGGUUGACUCCCUGCAGAUGCGUUCAUGGCUGGCAGACAUUCAGGAAUGCAUGGGCCUGGGAGAGAGCACCGAUAGUUUGGAGCAGCCCUGCAUGAAUCACUCAGAGAGCAUGCCCAGCCGGGAGCUUCCCAUGGUGCCGAGCGAGAGCAGCGAACAGCUUAGCCAAGGUGCCUACGGUGGGCUGAUGGACCGCCCAUCUGCCUCCAUGUCCCCCAGUUCUGUCUCCAUUGCUGCCUCGCACUUUGAUUCAAUGGAGCUGCUCCCUCCUGAACUGCCUCCUCGGGUGCCUAUCGAUGAAGGGCCGUUUCCUACUGGCCUCCUCCAUACAGCCUUCCCUGAAACCCCAGAUGCUACAGGUUCCUUCCUCUUCCAAGGGGAGCCAGAUGCCGGAGGGGGAAGUUUUGGCGACACAGAGCACCCGCUCUCCGAGUACCCAUGGUUCCAUGGCACCUUGUCCCGUCUCAAAGCAGCCCAGCUGGUACUGGCAGGGGGAACCAGCAGCCACGGCGUCUUCUUGGUACGGCAAAGCGAGACACGGCGCGGCGAAUACGUCCUGACCUUUAACUUCCAGGGGAAAGCCAAGCACCUCCGCCUCUCCCUGAACGAGGAUGGGCAGUGCCGGGUUCAGCAUCUCUGGUUCCAGACCAUCUUUGACAUGCUGGAGCACUUCCGGGUCCACCCCAUCCCCCUCGAGUCGGGCGGUUCAAGUGAUGUGACGCUCGUCAGUUACGUGGUUGCUUCGCAACGGCUGCAUGAACCGAGCACCUCUCGUAACUUGCCGCCGCCGCCACCUCCGCUCCCUCCGGCUCGGCCGCCUCAAGUUCCCCCUGACCGUGGAUUGCCGGAGGCUGAGGGGCAGGUGGAGGAGGAAGAGGAGGAGAGCCUAACAGAGCCAGAGGCGGAUGAGGGAGCAGCUGCAAGAGGAGGGGGGACCCUCCCACUGCCGGAGGAGCCGGAAGGACGAGCCAGAGCUGUGAACAACCAGUACUCAUUCGUCUGAGCUCUCCGGGUCUGGGGGAGAGGAGGUGACCGGCCCUCUCGGCAGUGUCCUCCCCGUACCCCAGAGGAGAGCUGACCUUGACCCUGGGUACGAGAUGAGCUUGAAUACCUGACAGACUUCUACACUUUCCUCAGUGACCUUUUGUGGGGGGGGGGUGUUGGGGGGCUGGUCAUUCUCCCUCGGUCUCUCCUCUUCCCCUCGGGUAUGGAGCAAACAUCACUUCCACUCCCCCCUCCCCCCCAGUGAAGGUACGAGACCCCCCCCCCCUUCCUGGUUUCAUGCUCCCAACUUGUAACGGCUUGGUAUGCACUACUUUAGCCCCUGUUUGGUUGCGGAAGGCGUUAGCCUGUUCUCCCCUCUUCCCUCCCUCCCCCCCCCCAAAAAAAAGCUAUUUGCAAUUGGGUAGGAGCAAUGAGUGUAAAACACUACAUGGAAAAGUGGGGGGAGGUAUCCCCAGGCUCAGCUUCUUGACUCCCGAUCCCCCCCCCCCCCCCCGUGUCUUGCACCCCUGACCCUUUUCUUGCUGAAUGUACGGAGUCUUAUGAAUGUAACCCCCUCUCCUUCCUCACCUCCUCCCUUGGGGGGGUGAGAAGGGAAAGGCUGGCUCUUUCCUCCACCCAGCUCGGAAAUAUAUUUAUAGCCUUUCUCUUCUCCUUUCUCUCCCCCCUGCCCAAAUUGGGGCCUGGCUGCACUAAAGCCUCUGCCACCCCCAGGUAAAUUUAAAUACGCUACGAAUAUAUGCCCCUCCCCUCCUCAGCUAUUGUUCCCCCCCCCCCCUCCCGCACCCCUUCUCUUUAAGGUUUAUUUUUCUACUGUCGACUAGUUGGACUGCUCAGGCCCCACCAAUUCUCUUUUUUUUAAUUUGCUCUGAGGUACUGUUUAUCUGUGUCUCUUUUUUUUCGUCGUUUAACUUUUUUUGGGCGUUUGUAUGAAAAUAAAGGAAACAUCAUUUUG